AUGUCCAACAGAAAGCGCUCAAGAGUAAGCUUAGCAUGUGUCCAAUGUAAAAGAAGUAAAGUUAAAUGCGAUUUUACUCAUCCUCAGUGCAGUCGAUGUGCUGCUUCUGACUCGCCUUGUGUCUAUACUGAUGUGCCGCCUCGAGUCGAUAAUCAAGCCUUUGAUCAGCUCGGAAAUCAUGUGGCGGAAUUGCACAAAAGAAUGAAGGUGAUGCAGUCUGAGCUCAACAGAAUGCUAUCCUUUUCAAACCUUGGUCACAUCAACCACAGCAGCGUAGUAGCAACGACUUGGACACUAAGACUGACACCAUCUGGCAUACGCAUCAACACCAACAUCACCAACAUCCAUGAUUUGUACCGAGUACUGCUGCAAGGCAUCGCUCAACUUGAAAUCAACAGCAGGACAUGGAUAAAUGUACCUAGCUUUGUGAGCAGAAGCCACAGCAAUGCGGAUGCGCUGUCUGUUGUAUCGAGAGAUCCAUGUCUCAUCAAACAAGAAGUACCUAUUGAGAACCUGCAGCCGCUUAUACACUCUUGUUAUCAGCCUUGUUUUCUUCCUUAUCAAAUUGUCGAUCAGCAUGAGUUCUUACAAACGUAUCAUGACCCUCAAAGACCACAAGAGUUAUUGCUUGUCCACUCGAUCCACGCUUGGGUAGCAAAGCAUACCAGCAUCUACCAUCGCACUCUUUCCAACAGUAUUAGCGUAGACACAGCGGGCGAAGGCUACUUUUUAGAGGCAAGGCAAUUACUAAGGAAGUGCUUCACGAUAAGCAACGCCACUACCAUUCAUGCACUUCUCAACCUCUACAUGUAUCAACUGAGUUGUGAACGCACUACGCUGGCGUAUCUGUAUAUUGGGCUAGCUAUCCGUAUGGCCGAGGAUUUGGGGCUUCAUAAGAGAGACCAUACAUCUCUAAACCUGAAACAAAAAGAGAUAAACAAACGGCUGUGGUGGUCUGUGUAUUGGCUGGACCUUUGUGCUGCCUUGGAGUCCAAUCGUCCUACGAUGGUAGAUGAUGGGGAUUGCGAUAUGGAGUAUCCCACUCGACUUGCAGAUGAAGACGAUGAAACAGGAUACCGUAUUGCUUUCAGUGUGGCGUCUAUCCAGUUGAUGAAGAUAAGAAAAGUCAUUGCCAAGCAUUUGCCGUCAGAAGGAAAAUCAGGGUCUUGUCUGUUGGACGCUGUAGCACAUCUUGAGGCUCGCUUGACACAGUGGUUAGAGGAAUUACCUAGUUACUUUUCAUUUUCAGCGACACACAAGAGGGGCACCACUUUCUGUGAUGAGGCUUGUUUGGUACUGAACAUCCAAUAUCACACUACUUGGAUCAUGCUUCACAAACUCUUCUUGAAAGAACAAGACAUUGCAGAUUCACCUGUCGCGUUAUUGUCGCUGGAUGUUUGUAUUCGGUCAGCUAAUCUAAUCACGCAGCUGUUACAGAUAUAUGCCAAACAGCCACAUUGGUGUCAUUUCUAUUAUUGUUUGGACGGCGUUGCUGAAAGUGUGUAUAUUCAUCAACAGAGUGUAUCCUGUAACACGAUAGACAUGACGGCCAAACAAACGGCUCUUGACCAUCUAGCGACCACAAUGCAAAUCCUGUAUGCGUCACCGUUGAAUUAUAUCCAAAGGGUGAAGGAUAUCAUACAUCAGGUCAGACACCUUCUUAUAGAGCAGCGAGGCCAGGAGCUGCCCUUAUUGCCGCAAGCUCAUCCACCACCAGACAUUUGCCAAACAUUGACAGCAGCAGCGGCAGCAACAACCGAUAGGAUUCUCUUGAGACAUCCAAAUGUCAAUAUCAUGGACUUUAUACAACCAACUUUCAGUAAUGAAGAGUUGAAUCAAAUGUUAUCAAUUUAUAAUGAUGAAAAGUGA